GUCCGCGCCGAGUCGCUGGAGAGGCGGGGCGCCCCCCCCGUGCUCGCGGACGCUCCGCGGGGAGCGCCUUCCGCGCCUGGGCUGCCGUGCCCUGUCGGCGGUGCUUUCUACAUUAACUGACAGGAGCGUUUGGGUUUUCUUCCACCGGUUAAUCAAGUGGAUUAGCUUGGCUUUUUAAAAAAAGCUCGAAGCGCCUUCGUUUCUGGAGUAGGGGCGCGCGCGCCUUUUGUGGGGCUCCAGGGUGUCCCCGGGCGCGGCUCCUCCUGUGCUGAGGACCUCGGGACCCAUGUUCAGGAGGGAUGUUGGUUCCUAGUUUUCUUUUUUCCUGUUUGUGUCUGGUUUUGGCGUCAGGGUAAUGCCGAGCUCAGGAAGCAGUUGGUAAAUUGCCUCGUCUGCGUUCUAGAAGAAGUUGUGUAAAACUGGUGCUAAUGCUUUGUUUGAUGGACGUUUCCAGUGAAACCUUACGGGCCUGGAAAUUUCUGUAUUUGAAGCUUUUAAGUGACAAGUUCAGUUUCUCAAGUUGUUAUAGGACCAUUCGUAUCAUCAGUUUCAUCUUAGCUGAACUUCAGUCAUUAUCUAUUCCUGGAACUUACCAAGAAAAGAUUACUCACCUAGGAAAUUCUUUGAUGAAUUUAACAGGUCUAAAAUCUCUAGAUCUCUCACGAAACUCCUUGAUUAGUCUAGAGGGCAUCGAGUACCUGACGGUGUUGGAGAGCCUCAACCUCUACUACAACCGCAUCUCCUCGCUGGCGGAAGUCUUCCGGCUCCAUUCCUUACCGGAGCUCACGGAGGUGGACUUCCGGCUGAACCCCGUGGUGAAGAGCGAGUCUGACUACCGCCUCUUCAUCGUGCACAUGCUCCCGGGGCUCCGGCAGCUGGAUGACCGCCCCGUGAGAGAGAGUGAGCGGAAGGCAUCCCGGCUGCAUUUUGCUUCGGAGGAAGCCCUGGAUUCAAAGCAGAGCUUCCCAGCUGUUUUCAGAGUUGAGAGACCAUGCCACUCCAGAGCCAAGUGCACUGACCCCUCGACCAAGAAGUGCUUGGUCAUGGACGCGGAUGACGAGGCGGUCCUGAACCUCAUUGCCGAGUGUGAGUGGGACUUGAACAACCCUCCUGGGAGCACGAGUUCCAGCCAGAAGGAGCAAGAGGCCAGCUUCCAGAGCUCCCGAGCAGAGUCGCGGCACCUGUCGAGUCCUCAGCCAGCGCAGCACCAGUGUGGGGACUCCCAGAGGAAGGGCCCUGAGAGGCGGAGGAGCAGCUCCCGGGGGGGCUGUGCGGAGCCGAGGCUGCAGGCCCAGUGCUGCGGCGCGCUGCCUCCGCAGCACGUCGCCCCUCGCCCAGACUCCACAGGCAUUGAGGACUCAGCCCCUUCUUCUCAGAAGUCAAGUUUGUCGACACAAAAGCUGUUAAAUCCCUUGCCUGCUCCCGAGAAGCACAGGAAGCGAAGGAUGCCUGGCGGGCGGUUCCAGACGCCUGCAGACCAGGAGUGUCUGAGCUGCCUGGAGGAGAGUGUGAGCAGGAGGGACGGUUCGGAGGGCUGGAGUGAGGGGACCUGUUCCCACUCAGCGGCCUUGGAACCCACGCAGCAGAGGCCGCCCAGCGCGAGCGAGGUGUGUCCCAAACUGCACUUGGCCGCACCGCCUGGGACGAAGGCCGCCCUGGAGGCGCUGCUGCUGGAGGCGCUGCUCGCCCUGGUGGACAGGCACUGGCGUGGCCGCGGCUCCCUGCACAGCAGCCAGGUGUUCCUCGCUCAGGCAAGACACAUUUUGUCAUCUGUCCACGAGUUUACGGCCACUCAGGAUAGUUCAACAAUUGUGAAUGAAGAAAUUAGCUCCCUGACUCUGGAAAAUAAGUCUUUGCACAGUCGCCUUGCUGAGCUACAGCAGCAGUACGGUGUGAAGAUCAGUGAGGUGGUGUCGGAACUCAGCGACACGCGAAAGGAGAUGUUCUACAAAAGACCCCAAAUCGCCCAAGCAAUCUUGAGAAAGAACAGAGUUUCAGACAUCACCCUUCCUGAUUUGAAAUCAAAUUACAAAGCUAUAGUAAUCAAAAUAGUAUGGUGCUGGCAUAAAAACAGACUUAGAUUACUGGAACAGGAUAGAGAGUCCAAAAAUAAAGCCACGCAUAUAUGGCCAACUGAUUUUUGACAAGGGCACCAAGAAUACACCAUGCUGAAAGGAUAAUCUCUUCAGUAAAUGGUGUUGGGAAAACUGGAUGUUCUUAUGCAAAAGAAUGAACUUAGACCCUUAUCUUACAGCACACACAAAAUUCAACUCAGAAUGGAUUAAAGAUUUAAAUAUAAGACUUGAAACUAUAAAACUAGAAAGGACUUCUCUGGUGGUCCAGUCGUUAGGACUUCAUGCUGCCACUUCAGGGGUCGUGGGUUUGAUCCCUGGUUGGGGGACUAAGAUCCUGCACGCUGCAUGGUUCGGCCGAAAAAAACAAACUCGUAGGAGAAAACGUAGGGGAAAAGCUCCUUGACGUGGCCUUGGCAGUGAUUUUUUGGAUGUAACACCAAGAGCACAGGCAACAAAAGCGAAGAUAAACUAGUGGGACUACAUCAAACUAAAAGCUUCUGCAGAGCAAAGGAAACAUCACCAAAAUGAAAAGGUAGCUUAUGUAUUGAGAGAAAAUAUUUGCAAACCAUCUAGAAUAUAGGAAGAACUCAUACAACUCAACAGAAAAAAAAGAAACCCAACUCAAAAAUGGGCAGAGGACCUAAAAGAAGACAUACAGAUGGCCAACAGGCAUGUGGAAAGGAUGCUCUGUUACUAAUCAUGACGGAAAGGCACAUGAAAACCAGAGGGCGCUGCGGGUUCACACCUGCAGGAUGGCUGUCGUCAAAAAGACGAGAGAGAACAAGGGGGGGGUGCGGAGAGGGAGCCCUUGUGCACCGUUGGUGGGAGUGUAAGUUGGCGCAGCCGCCAUGGAGAACAGUAUGGAGGCGCCUCAAGAAAUCUGCCGGAGAACCACCAUAGGACCCAGCAGGCCCGCUUCUGCGUGUUUACCCAAAGGAAGUGAAAUCAGGAUCUCCAAGAGACACGUGCACUGCCAUGUUCCCUGCAGCAGCAUCCACUGUAACCAAGAUGUGGAAACAGCCUGAGUGUCCUUCAGUGGAUGAACGGGUAAAGAAGGUGUAGUGCGUGUAUACAGUAGGACAUUAUUCAGCUUUAAAAAGAAGGAAAUCCUGGACUUCCCUGGUGGUCCAGUGGCUGAAACUCCAAGCUCCUAAUGCAGGGGGCCUGGGUUUGAUCCCUGGUCAGGCAACUAGAUCCCAAGUGCUGCAGCUAAAAGAUCCCACGGGUGGCAACAGAGAGAUCCCGCAUGCUGCAGCAAAGACCCGGUGCAGCCAAAUAAAUAAAUAAAUAAAUUUUUUUUUUUUAAAGAAGGAAAUCCUGUCAUUUGCAACAACAUGGAUGGACCUUGAGGGAGUUAUGCUGAGAGGAAUAAGUCAGAGAGAGAAAGAAAAAAACUAUGAUCUCAUAUAUGGAAUCUACGAGUUGAGUUUGUAGAAGCAGAGAGGAGAGUGGGUGGUCACCAGUGGUGGGGAGGUGCAGGGAGUGGGAGGCGUGGUUCAGGGCACAGAGUGACAGUUCUGUGGGGCCUGAGUCUGGGGCCCUAGAGUGUGCCUGACGGUCACAGUUAAUAAGACACAUUGGAUCUGGAGAUCUGCUAAGAGAACAGACUUCAGGUGCUCUCAUCACCAAAAAGCGGCCCCUGUGUGAGGGGAAGGUGCACGUGGGCCAGCUUGGCUGUGGUCACCACUUCACCGUGCGCGUGCAUGCCACACUGGCAGAGGGACACCUUCAGCGUGUGUAAUUUCCACUUAAGGACCGCCGUGCCUUCAGCGUUGAGGUUUUUACCUCACUGAUCGUUGCGGUUCAGUUUAAUCACAUGGAAGCUGUUUAGAGUGUUCUCCUUUUAUUUUAUUUUUAUUUAUAUUUUAUAGCAAAACAAAGUAAAUUUGAUUCCUAUAGUGUUGUUUUUGGUCAAGCUCGUUUGUCGUCAGGGUUG